AUGGAUGAGUUUGAAAUGUUUCUAGUUCACGCAUGGCUUAUUUGGAACCAAAGGAAUACGGUAAUACAUGGGGGGAAACUCAAGGAACCAUGUUGGUUGAAUAAAAAAGUUUUGGAUUAUUUGGGCGAGUUCCAACAAACCCAAGAGCAAUUGCCUACACCGGUCAGGCAGUCAAGUGUGAAUAUGUGGCACCCUCCUCCUGCUUCAAUCUUUAAACUAAACUUCAAUGCUUCUAUUUUUGCGGACUUGAAUAGCUCUGGUUUUGGUGCAAUUAUCCGCAACGAGAGGGACGAGGUGAUGGCUGCUAUGUCUGUCGAAGGACCGCCGGUGAAUGAUGGUGAAGAGGUAAAAAUUUUAGCUUGCUGGAAAGCCUUGGAGUUCUCAAUUGAUGCUGGAUUCUUGGAGCUGAUCAUAGAGGGAGAUAAUGCCAAUGUCAUGAGAUCAAUUUCUUCCCCGAAUACAAAUCACUUUUUGUUAGAACAUGUCUUUAAAGAUGUCCACUGCCUAAUCCAUGGGCUGCAUUGGAUGUCUGUCAGCUAUAUCAAACAGGAUGCGAAUAGGGUGGCCCACUCUCUUACUCGAUAUGCUAGGAAUGUUCAUGAUGAGAUUCACUGGAUGGAGGAUUCACCUCCACUAGUUGUGCAAGCAAUGUACUAUGAUCCUAUAAUUUUCCCAUGA